CAGUCCAGUUCAGAUCUCACCAUGGCAGACGAGCACGACGAGAACGAGGCCGGCGCUGCCGAGAACGCGCAGCCCGCACAGGCCGCGCACCACGACGCCGGCAAGGCUGACAUGGACAAAGUGACUGACUUUGCCGAGGAGAAGGAGAUGGCGCAGAGCACCGAUCUCAACCAGACCAUGAAGCUGCUGACUGAGCAGCACAAGCGGGACGUUGAAGAGCGCGCCGUCCGGGAUCGCGCGUUGGCUGCCGUGAGCGUCAAGGCAGAGGACGUCCAGCUCAUUGUUACUGAGCUCGAGGUCUCCACCCAAAAGGCCGAGCAAACGCUUCGAGAACAGAACGGCGAUCUUGCAGCAGCGUUGGCCGUGCUGGCAAACUGAGUGUGACAUUUAAAAAAACUCAGUUGGAGUUUGUUGUGUUCCAGCAAAAUUUUUCUUUUAUUUUCGUUCCAAGUAUUGCGAACCGAC